AUGGGAGGCAGCAACUUCUCCGAGGGGGUCUAUGUCGAUUAUCGUCGGUUUGACAAAGAGCGUAUCAACCCCCGGUAUGAAUUUGGAUUUGGACUGAGCUACACUUCUUUCCGCUACUCCCGCCUCAGGAUCAAGCGCCAUCAGUCACGCCCUAGGAAGUAUCCAGGGGGUGUAGUGGUUCCGGGAGGACAGGAUGACCUUUGGGAUAUAGUCGCAACAGUAACGUGUGAGGUACAGAAUACGGGAUCGGUUGCCGGUGCCGAAGCGGCUCAAUUGUACGUGGGUAUCCCAGGGGCGCCGGUUAGGCAGCUCCGCGGGUUUCAGAAGCCUGAAAUUCGGCCCGGAAAGACAGCCAAGGUGACAUUCAAUCUAACACGACGCGAUCUCAGUGUCUGGGAUCCGGCGGCGCAGAAGUGGCUCCUUCAGCCUGGUGACUACUCGGUGUGGGUUGGGUCCAGCAGCCGGAAGCUCCCUCUGCAAGGUGUCUUGCAUUUGUGACCAUG